GGGGGAGGAAGCCGGCGGCUCGACCCCCCCUCGCUUUGGGGUGCAGACUUACCUGAGCACAGAACAGCGGAGGAAAAAGAGGGGACAGGGCUGGGCUCGGUGAGGCGGUUCUGGAAAGGGGGAGUCGGGAAAGUUUGGGGCGGGCGCGUGUUGUUCGGGAGAGCCUGGAGGCGGACGAACGAGGCGGCUCUGCGGGCGUGCAGAUGGCUACCCAGGUGGAGGCUCUACUGCCCGCCAACCCGCUCCUGCCCGCCGAGGAACACGGGCUUGUUAUUAAGCCUCAGGAGAAAGGCGAGCACCUCAUGCACCAAGGAGAGAAGGCCAACGCCGAUGAGGGCAAGGGGGGCGGCCCCGACAGCUGCAGCAAGGAAGAAGGCGGCGGCGGCAACGGCAACGUGGGGGAGCAUCUGCGCCGAAACGGGGCCCCGCUGAAGCCCCCCAGUAUCAAGCAGCAGAAGGAGGACAGCAACCAUCAGGAAAAAGAGAACCUGCUGUACCAAAGGAGUGGCGGCGUAGAGUCAAACCGGUUGCCCGGCGAAGCCAGCAGCAGCAGUAGUGGCGGCGAAGAGGGCGGCGAGCAGGGAGGAGUUGGGCGCAAGGAAUUCAUCGAGGCCCCUCCACCCAAGGUGAACCCUUGGACUAAAAACGCCCCCGUGGCGUUAGUCACUCUCAACGGACAGUCCCCUCCAGAACAUUCAACUCCAGCCAAAGUGGUGAAAGCAGCUAACCUAAGGCAGCGGAAAGGAAGCAAGGUUGGUGACUUUGGGGAUGCUACAAAUUGGCCAACACCAGGUGAAAUAGCUCACAAGAGUGUACAGCAACUGUCACAAAAAUCCCAAUCUCUCCGGAAGCUUCAUAUUAAGAAAAACAUGAGGGAGCAGGAGAAAGGGGAAGGAAGCGAUGGCAAAGAGAACAUGAAAACCCGAUCCGAUGAAUCAGGGGAAGAGAAGAAUGGAGACGAUGACAACCAGAAAUCGGCUCAGAAAAAAAAGGGCAGCAGACACAAAUGGGUACCUCUGCAAAUAGAUAUGAAGUCUGAAGUGCCAAGGGAUAAAACCGCUUCUCGUAACAACAGACAGAAUGAGCAGCACCAGCACCCUUCCAACAACCGAAGUGAAUCAAAAGGAUGGCAUUUAGAUAACAAGCAUGAACGGAACUGGCCUGACCAUGAUGAAACUUCUAGUGUUAAAAGCGAAGGAGCAACUGUGCGUGGUGCUUUCAGGGGCAGAGGACGUGGUCGGGGACGAGGGAGAGGGAGAGGAAGAGGAGGUACUCGCUCUCACUUUGAUUAUCAUUAUGGGUAUCGGAAAUUUGAUGCUUCUGAUGGCUCACGUACUCAGAAAUAUACCAGUAAUAUCACUUAUUACUUUGACAACAUCAGCAGCACUGAGCUCUACAGUGUUGACCAAGAAUUGCUCAAAGACUACAUCAAACGACAGAUAGAAUAUUACUUCAGUGUCGACAACUUGGAAAGAGACUUUUUCUUGAGGCGGAAAAUGGACUCUGAAGGUUUUCUUCCCAUCACUCUCAUUGCCAGUUUCCAUCGGGUACAGGCCCUAACCACAGAUGUUGGCCUUAUCAUUAAGGCGUUAAAAGACAGCAAAGUGGUGGAGAUUGUGGACCAGAAAAUUAGGAGAAAGGAAGAACCAGAGAAGUGGCCUUUACCUGGCCCUCCCAUGACAGACUAUGCACAAACUGACUUCUCUCAGCUAAUCAACUGCCCAGAGUUUGUGCCCAGGCAGAGCUUCCAAAAAGAGACAGAAUCUGCUCCCGGUUCUCCCCGCUCUGCCAGUCCCAUGCAAAGCAAGACAGAAGAAGUUACUAAUCUGAAGACACUGCCUAAAGGCCUUUCUGCCAGUCUGCCUGACCUGGACUCGGAGGCAUGGAUUGAAGUGAAGAAGAGGCCUAGGCCGUCUCCCAUCAGACCCAAGAAAACAGAAGAGUCUAGAACACCUUUGAAGCAGAAGGAUCAGGAUGAACCAGAGGAGCUGGACUUCCUUUUUGAUGAGGAAAUGGAACAGAUGGAUGGUCGUAAAAACACCUUCACUGAUUGGUCAGAUGAGGAUUCAGACUACGAGAUUGAUGACAGGGACGUGAAUAAAAUUUUGAUUGUAACACAGACACCCCCUUACCUGCGCCGUCAUCCAGGGGGGGACAGAACAGGCAACCACACUUCCAGGGCAAAGAUGAGCUCAGAAUUGGCCAAAGUGAUCAAUGAUGGACUGUAUUACUAUGAACAGGACCUGUGGACAGAACAAUUUGAACCAGAAUAUUCUCAGAUAAAGCAAGAAGUAGAAAACUUCAAGAAGGUGAAUAUGAUCAGCAGAGAGCAAUUUGACACUCUGACCCCUGAGCCUCCUGUUGAUCCAAAUCAGGAAGUUCCUCCAGGACCACCCAGGUUCCAGCAAGUUCCAACUGAUGCUCUGGCAAAUAAGCUCUUUGGUGUGCCUGAACCUUCAACCAUUGCCCGAUCUUUGCCAACAACUGUGCCAGAAUCCCCAAACUACCGCAAUGCAAGAACUCCUCGGACCCCUCGUACACCUCAGCUGAAGGACCCUACCCAGACACCCCGGUUUUACCCAGUGGUUAAGGAAGGCAGAUUGAUAGAUGCCAAGACACCCCGGAAAAGGAAAACACGGCACAGUUCGAAUCCUCCAAUGGAAUGCCAUGUUGGUUGGGUGAUGGAUUCCCGGGAGCAUAGACCUCGAACAGCAUCCAUCAGUUCCAGUCCUUCAGAAGGCACCCCAGCCAUAGGCAGCUAUGGUUGCACCCCACAGUCAUUGCCUAAGUUCCAGCAUCCUUCCCAUGAACUCCUGAAAGAAAAUGGCUUCACACAACAUGUCUACCACAAGUAUCGCCGGCGCUGCCUUAAUGAACGGAAACGACUGGGCAUUGGCCAAUCCCAGGAAAUGAAUACUCUCUUUAGAUUCUGGUCAUUUUUCCUUCGUGAUCACUUUAACAAGAAGAUGUAUGAGGAAUUUAAGCAACUGGCUCUGGAGGAUGCAAAAGAAGGGUACAGGUAUGGACUGGAGUGCCUCUUCAGAUACUACAGUUAUGGUUUGGAGAAGAAAUUCCGACCUGACAUAUUUAAGGAUUUCCAAGAAGAAACUAUAAAAGAUUUUGAGGCUGGCCAACUUUAUGGGCUUGAAAAAUUUUGGGCCUUCUUAAAAUAUUCCAAAGCCAAAAACUUGGACAUUGACUGCAAAUUGCAAGAAUACCUCAGCAAAUUCCGCCGCCUUGAAGACUUCAGAGUUGAUCCUCCUAUAGGGGAAGAAGGCAACCACAAGAGAUAUGCAGCCAUAGUAGGAGUAGAUGGAAGGAAGCGAUACCCAUCUCAGUCUUCUAGCAAGGCUGUUGGUCAUACUCCAUCCAAUCAAAUGUCUGCCUCAUCCAGCCAAGUCACCAACUUAUCAAGCCAGGAAGAUGCCAAAAACCUGAGCCAGCCACAUGCAGUUUCCACAGCCACGGUGGAAACCCAAACAGUGGGGAAGUAGACGCACUAGGACUACCAGUGGAAAAGGGGGCAGGGAGUUGGAAUGUAAAAGUCCAAGACCAGGCUGCUUGCAGGAGGUGGGGAUAAACAGUGCAUAUGAUUUUUCUUGUUGGCUGGAAAAACAAGAUGAUCCAAGUUGAAUGCAUCCUUUUCCUCGCUGUGAUUAAGUCACUGAUUGGAGCCAGACCUUCACUUUUUCAUGUCUUAGCGCCUUUCAUGGGUUAGGUUGGGUUGGGAAACGGGAGAUUUUUAUAAAUAUAAAUAUAUAUAUUAUAUAUAUAUAAAUAUAUAUAUCAAGUUUUAAAUUAUUGAUAGAAGUUUGUUUGGAUAAACCAAAAUUAUUCUGCAUCAUGCAGCCUCACAAUCCAGCUCCUUCUCAUCCCUCUGAACACUUAACAACUAUGCAGCCCACUUGGUAAGCUGGAAGUUUGGACCGAACAAUGUAGUGUCAUUUGGAGAACUAGCCUUUGGCUUUCCAAGUUCAGCAGGCACCGCCCCUUCUGGAUAUAGCAAUGCACAAGAGGAGUUUCUGCUACCAUCACGUGUACCACCAUCACUUCUGUUGUGGCUCCUUCUAUGCUGCUCAUCUUUUCCAUCAGAAACUGACGACUGGAAAUGAACCAAAGGACCCUGGCUGAAAGUGGGCCCACUUUACAUUGGGCUUGCCUAGUUCUUUUGCGUGAUGGGUAGAACAUAAACUUGCACAGUGUCUCCCCUCGCAUAGGAAUGCUAAGACGUUGCUAAAACAGCUUUCACUUAAAAAAAAAAAAAAACACAAAACACACAAAAAACUUGUUUAAAAAAAAGUCUGUUUCUUUGCUUCCUUCCUUGAAAAUAAUAAGUUGCCUUAUUGUGGAGUUGGGAACUUGUAGGCAUCCCUGACUUGAGCAAAUUGGGAAAAUGGCAUCUGCUUGGGACUCUGCCAGACUGUGAUAUAUUUCUGUUCCCUGUUCAGUGACUCUUGUCUGCAGCAGCUGGUGACUGUCUUCCCUUAACCCAGCUGUGAUCUGCAUCAACUGGAACAAUACUGUUGAGAUCUAGCUGAAUGUUGGUUCAAACCACACGGACAGCUUCUCUCCAGAGCAGGGGAUACUGGGGCACUUCAGCCUGCAACUUCUGCUAUUGUGUAGUUGAUGCUGAUAUAUAUAUGUAUCAACUGUUUUAGUGUCCUUUCUGGUACAACUGCAUCUGCUUUUGCUUCACUUAGACCUCCAGGUGCACCACCAUUUUCCUCCCUCUCCCACCAGGGCAGGCCAGGAAUUCGUUCAUUGAUUUCAUGAAAUCUUCCUAUCCCAGGGCAGGCAGGCAGGUGCGCCAGGAAAAGAGUGAAGAUGUAAAGGCAUGCAUCCUUGCUUUUCAUCUAUGUGGUUGAAGAAUGUGUAUACAGGAAAACAGCUUUAACCUAAGCAAAGUAGGAUUUUUACGUCUGAUGGUUUCCAAAUUUGAGGUAGCUUACUAGUGUUAAUUACUUGCACAGGAUUCCCCUUCUGUAUUCUUUUCUAAUAACAGGUAUGAUAACCUGCCUCCCUUCCCUGGAUGAUUAUGUAGCCAAGGAUGCAGGUGUUUAGACUGUUUGCUAGCUACAGGCAUCACUUUAAUGUUCUUGCAUCACCCCCCCCCCCAAAAAAAAAUCACUUCAUGAAUUGGAACCAUGUCAGCUGUGUCAUAGAACUUUAUACAAAGCACCAAGCUUAUCUUGGCUGCUAUUGGGCUAACUGCUGGAACUUUCGAAGGCUAUUCACAUGGCUGUAAAAAACAGCUGUCCUGAACUAUAGGAGUGAACAGCAGAGAAGAAGGAAAUACAAGCUACAAUUAGUUUCUGACAACCUGGUAUGCUGCUCCCUGCAUUUUGUUACUUUUCUAGUGUACUAUCCAUGUUCUGCAAGUCAGAAAUCGGGGGAAGGAAGAUCAUUAUGCCACCCCUGCAUACCAUAUAGCUCCAAAAAGGGAUAAAUAGUAGCAAAAGGGUGCAAUACUGUUUAUGUGGUCCUACGUACUAUGGUUUAGGGUAGAGCAGUCGUCUUCUCCUUCCCCAGUUAAACACGUGCAGAGGGCCUUUCCAUAAUGCUGAGAACCGAUUCUUCUAUUCCUUGCAUCCCUGACACCUAGAAAAAGUUGGGGAGAGUUGCUUCAACUCUUUUUGUGGAGUCUGCUGCCAGAACUGCCAGAUGUCUUGGCUACUUCUGCAUUUUAGAGUUCAUGUUUCAGGUAUGUCCCUGAUAGUAACAUGCUGGAAAGUACAAUUGUGAGACAGUAACAGACCACAGGCCCUGCAGUUAGUCAACUGGAGCGGUUAAGUGUUAAUUUAGUGUUUCAGGGAGUGUGGUAUUAGGGCGCUUCAUUGAUUAAUAAUUCCUCUUGGAUGGUUUGGUACUAUAUAUGUAGAUAAUUAAGGAGACUGGACUUUUUGCCUAGGGUUAGUGUUGCCUGAUGUUACUACUUUUAGCUGUAUCAAGCUUGCUUUAAUGGGAGUUUGCUACAGAGCAUUUUUGGAUGACUACAAUGCAGUGAGCAUAAUAAGCACACCCUAUGGUUCUAGCAUGGCUGAAUAGCAUCAAGGUAUUGCUUGCUUUUUUUGCUGCGCCAGUUAUAACAAAUCUUCAUCCUGUCAUUAGGGCAUGAGAAAUGAAAAUCAGCCACUGUUUCGCCAGGUGCAAUUACACUGUGAUAUUGAGUACGUUGCAUUAGGCGAAGCAUGCUAAAAUGGAACAGUUGGAAAUAACUGGCUGUUCUUUGGAUUGUUUAAAAUCCUUACCAUCCCAGGAUUUCAAUUUGUAGUGACCUGGAAUGCCUAUAUUUUCAUUAGGACUACUACAUAAAUCUGGGCAACUACAAGAUGGCAACAAAGAUGUGCAGAAAGAACAGCUAACUUUGCUGCCAUUUAGUGGUCGUCAGUAUUUUUCCCACACAGAUCCAGUAGCCCUAAAUAUCACAGUUGCAACAUGAAAUAAAGCAUACGUUUGGGAUUAUCAGGCAGAACAAGUGCUUAGGUGUUUCAGAUAGGUUGAGCCAAUGGAUAUUUGUUCAAAAGCAUUCUUGGAAGCAAUUCUGGAAAUUUGCUCUGCUGGUGACUAAGCCUGAGGGGUUGAGCUAACGACGACUGGUUUCACUUAAAAGCUCUUCUGAAUGAGAAUGCUGCUAUACAUGGUUAUACAAACAUCACUUUGCAAAUGUAAGAUGAGCACUAAGAAGGCAAUAGUAGAUUGUAGGGGAAGAAAGGUAACCGGUUAAAAAAGCCUGCAAUACCUAUAAGAGUGCUAUGUGAAUUUCUCUAUACCUGACAAUGUUAAGAGGUUGAACUGUAUAAAGUUUACUGGUUGAGAGAAACUCAAGUUACUUGCCACCGAAGGAAGAUUUUUGGAGGUUUACUGAUGACAGUCUCUUGCACCAGCUUAGAAAGACAUUGGUAGAAUAUGUUGUAGGUGUGUAAUUAUAGGCUGCCAGUAUGUCAGAAGGCAUGACGCCAAUCCUAUAAAUAGAUUUCUCCAGCAAAGACGGGUCUUGAAAUUGAAUAUCUUGUUGGGAAGAGAGCAGGUGUUAAUGAAAUUAAUCCAUUGUGACUACCCUGUGCUCUGAUAACAUGCGUGAAAAUAUCUUCUAGGAACAGGCUUUCAGCUGAAAUCUGGAAGCUUUCUGUGGCUACCUAAUGUCUGAGAUUACUAAAGCUGAAAAAGUUUCUGUUCCCCAGAAUAAAGCAAAAGGCUUUUAAAACAUAGUUCUGGUCAUCCUGGGUAGGUGUAAACCUAUGGCCAUGUAUGAAUGGGGAAUUUGAAAUUGGUUUGGAACAGGUGGGAAAGUAAGUGACCUUUAUUAAGUGUUGGUGCUGUCAUCUCUGUCUACUACUCGUUCUUCCUCCCAACUUUUCAGUUAAUAGUGUAAAGUUUGUACUUGUCUUUCUUGCUCCUGGUAGCUUGAUUGUACUAUUCAUACAUGACACCAUAACCUUAUAGUGCUGCCACACAUUUUUUGUUUGUUUACUUGUUUAAACAGGGCUGGGAUGGGAGUUAUUCAUGCCUUGCUUAUUUUCUUUUUGUUAAACCAUCAAAUCUGUUAAUACAACAAAUUCUGGUAUUCUCUGUCCAUAUGAAUCUUCUAAAACUUGGAUUUGUCAAUAACUAGAAGAACGAUUAGAAAGGUUUUAAGAGGGAAUGGGUAGUUAACAUUGCUAGAUGCCUCCAUAAUUUUUAAUCAGUUUCAAAUGAGUGGUUUAUUGGGGGUGGGAGAGUUCAUCUCAGCAACAUGGGUUUGGACACUUUUU